CAUUUGAAUCGGUGAGUGUCAGUUAGGUAGUGUUACUUGUUAGUCUUACAAGAGAGUAUUAUUCAAUAGAUGUUAUAUAAAGAUAUCUGAAUAAAGAAAUCUUUAAGAAGUUUCAAAUAAAACGUGUAAAAUAAGAUGUUCGUAAGACAUUUCUUUAAUUUAUUGCCACGUUCGGCUUAAAUACGGUAGCAGUAUAGUACUCAAAAAGAAUAGCAACAACGUUCAUUUCUUAUGUAUCAUUAUUUAUAAUAUAUUUUCAUGUCUUACAGAAGAACUAUGGUUGCAUAUGCAUUCCCUAAUGGAUAAAUAUUAUCCUGUUUUUAAACUGUGGAUGUUCUCUAUACCCUUAAUAUCUAUCCGUCAUCCAGAUGAUCUCGAGGCAAUAUUAAACAAUUCGAAGCAUAUCAAGAAAGGCUUUAUAUAUAAAGUUUUGCAUCCUUGGUUAAACACCGGACUUCUUACUAGCACAGGGGCGAAGUGGCAUUCACGACGGAGGAUGUUAACGUCUACAUUUCAUUUCAAUAUAUUGCAACAAUUUAUUGAUAUUUUAUUGGAGGAAAGUGAACGCAUGACACUCAAAUUAAAGAAUAUUGGUGGAAUGGUUGAAAUAGAUGUAAUACCGUUUGUUUCUGAACACACACUAAACGCAAUAUGCGAAACUGCCAUGGGAAUUUCUCUGCAUAACUUCGGUGCAGCCCAAGCAAAAUAUCGACAGGACGUUCGCCGAAUGACUCAACUUUGUGUUUAUAGAAUAUUUAGGCCCUGGCUACUAAUCGAUGCGUUAUACUCGUUGACGUCCGCGGGAAGGUUGCAAAAGAAGAUACUAAAGAACUUGCAUGAAUUCACUGAAAAAAUUAUUGCGGAAAGAAAACUUUAUCACGAACGCACGAACAAUAAAUAUUUGCAUAAUUUAGCAAAUAAGGAUGCAAUAGAAACAGAUGACGUAGAAAUACAUGGAUAUCGAAAAAAGCGACUUGCCAUGCUGGAUCUUUUACUAGCAGUCUCGCAAGAAAAUCAUUUGAGUGAUUUAGAUAUCAGAGAAGAAGUGGAUACCUUCAUGUUUGAAGGUCAUGACACAACAGCAAUGGCUAUAUGCUUUACUUUGUCAGUGUUAGCUGAGCACAAGGAUAUUCAGGAUCGCGUCAGGGAGGAGGUCAAUACUGUGAUGAAACAGUUUGAGAAGAAAUUAACUAUGACGGCCCUGCAGAGUCUGUCAUACUUAGAAAGAUGUUUGAAAGAAACGUUGCGGCUGUAUCCUAGCGUGCAUUACAUAGCGCGAGAAAUUGCGGAGGAUGUGAAAUUAUGUGAUUCGAAUAUAAUACCCUGUGGAACAUAUGUACAUCUCAAUAUUUACGAUGUUCAUAGAGAUCCCAAUUUCUGGCCGAAUCCCAAUGUAUUUGAUCCAGACAGAUUUUUGCCUGAAAAAAUACAAAAACGUCAUCCUUAUUCGUAUUUACCGUUCAGCGCGGGACCACGGAAUUGUAUUGGCCAACGAUUCGCUAUGUUGGAAAUGAAGGCCAUGAUAGCUACCCUCGUACGCAACUUCUACUUGGAACCUAUUGAUUAUCUAAAAGAUAUGCAAAUAACUGCUGAUCUUAUACUUCAACCUAACCACCCGCUGCGUGUAAGAUUUGUCCCAAUAGAAGCAUGAAUGGAUUCUAUGAAUAUAAGAAGCAAAUGCAAAUACGUCGUUAAAAUCUAAGAAUUGUCGAUUUAACCCUGGAGUGGGCGCGUGAACGGGACCAACGUUAAUGGGCGCGUAUCGGUCAUUUCGAGCGAAAUAUACCCUGACAGCACCGGACGUGGCGAGCAUAUCGCUACGACGUAAUAACGUCGUAGCGACGUGCUUGUAACGUUCUUGGCACGUCUGUGCAGACAAGGCAUUUAAACAUAUAUAUGUGUAACAAUUAAGUAAUAAUUUAUAAAUUACCAAUCCAA